AUGGGGCGAUACACCCCAACAGUUUUGGCGCUUUUCACAUUCCUUUCUUUUCUAGGAACAGCUACAGGUCAGGAUGCAACGGAGGGCACUGUCGAUGGAAAUGGUCCUGAAAGUAGCAUACCUCCAGGUGAAGACGGUUUCAUCAUAACUUUGGAAGUACUCUCCGGCGUUCCUGACCCACAAUGGACGAUUCAACAGAAUGACCCAAGGUUCAGCGAAGUGCAAAAUCUUUACAGAGAUGCGGAAAAACACAAACCAGAGGAGGCACCAGCGAAGCUCGGAUACGAGGGAUUCGUAGUACAGGAGGUGAGGAAGGGUCAAUACCAGCCAUUGGUAUUGAUUGUGGGUCCUCAAACAAAGCAGUUACAGCUGCUCUUACUCCAGACCAGCCCUCCGAACAAGAUUUCGACGAGUCUCAACCACAUCGUCAAAGAAGAAAUUCGGAGUGGAAAUGUCAAAGCCGUAAAAAGAAGUAGAGUAAAACGUUACGCACCCACGUAUAAUCCCGGAAGAUGGAACGAUAAUGUACACGUGCUGUUAAACAACUGCUACAACUACGCAAGCACAAAUAGGACUGACACCUUUGCACAGCCCGGAAGAGCAACAAACACACCGCUUCCGUGGUCAUUUACUGGGGCUGACGCACGGAGAUCAGCAGAGUCCGAUGGGUGUGUUUUCGUAACAGCCAAAACAAACAUGUCCGCUCCUUCUGGCGAUGAACACCUUGUGGCACUAGUUGUUUCCACAAGUGAAAGGGCAUUUGAGCGCACCGUAAAUGGAAAUGGUCCUGCAAGUAGCAUACCUCCAGCAAAGGAUCUUGAAGAUUACCACUGGUACCGAUUGGACAACAAUGGAUACUGGUCUCACAAACCCGGCUCAACUCCUGCCACUAACCUUGAUGGAAAUGAUGAAAAGAUCAUUGAUCCAAGAAACGCUGCUAACGGUUACAUACCCUACAAAUUUGUUUGCUUCAUGACCAUCAAUAGAAAAACUAUCGUAGUCAGAUAAAUUUUUGUCAUGAUC